CCACUUAUGAAAUUACCACAAUCAGUCUUAUUGCUCACCGAGUACUGGGCCUGUAAAAACAUGCUUCGCUUCAGCAUCACAUUCUUGCUGGCAGCGACCUGUCUGCUUGUAAGUCCAGCUGUGGCCAAAGAGAUGGUUAUCACUUGUAAUGUUGACACUGUCCAGCGCCUAAGCUGUGAUAUUGGAGUGAUCAGUGUGCUAGAAGCACUGUAUGGACGUGCAGAUAGUGAGAUCUGCAGUGAGGGAAUACCUCAGGAACAGCUUGUGGAUACAAAUUGUGCUCAAGAAGGCACAGUGAAUGUCCUUAAGAAAAGGUGUGAUGGAAAAAGGGUGUGUGAAGUGAGCAAGGAUAUCUUUGGAACAACUGAUCCCUGUGAAGGCACCUCUAAAUAUCUACAGACCAAAUACACCUGCCUCCCAGCAAUUCACCAGGUGACAUGUGAGCACUCUUUUGCACACCUGCAUUGUGAUGUUGGACAGGUUAUAACUGUCUACGGCGCUGAUUAUGGACGCAGAGACCAGACCACAUGCACUUACAAACAGCCAGCCACUAGGAUCCAAAAUACUGAAUGCUCAAACCCAACCAGCGUUGUUUCUGACAAAUGUGAUGGGAAAAAUAGCUGCGAUAUCAAAGCAAGCAACUCAGUGUUUACAGACCCCUGCCGCGGCACUUACAAGUACCUGGAGGUGGCUUACAUAUGCGAAUGUAAGUAUCCUAAAGGCCAGUUGGAAAUCUCUGGUUCAUCAUCCUGGUCACUGUCCUCUUUCAUCACUGUUACACCUUUAGAAAGAAGACAUUCUAGUUUACAUUCCUCUUUACAUUUUUGCAUAGCUGAAUGGGAGCCAAUUGUGCAAGAUCAAGCCAUUGUUUUGUAUUUAAGGCAAAGACAGAUCCUCACCAGACAGAAGAAACACAGGCUUAUCUGCUCCAGCAUCCAUCAGUCCCGCUGUUCCUCAGGCCGGUCCUCUAACAUCAUGCUCCAUUUCACCACCGCUCUGUUGCUGGCGACAACAUGUUUGGUCAUGACAACAGUUGUUUCCACGGAGAAAGUUGUCACCUGUGGCAAUGGUGGGAAUGUCCAGCGCCUGAGCUGCGACUUUGGAGUGAUCUUUGUUCAGGAAGUGCUGUAUGGACGCGCAGACAAUGAGACCUGCAGUGUGGGAAGACCAUCGAGACAGCUUGCCAAUACAAACUGCGCUCAAGAGGGCGCAGUGGACGUGGUCAAAAGAAGGUGUGAUGGCAAGAAGGAGUGUGAACUAAACAUAAACACUGUCCGUGCCAUAUCAGAUCCCUGCCGCGGCAUUUACAAAUACCUGGAAACCACCUACACCUGCUUCCCAGCAAUUCACUUGUCUGCCUGUGAGGGCUCUGUGGCACACCUCAAGUGUGACGUAGGACAGGUGAUAUUUGUGUAUGGUGCUGACUAUGGACGCCGUGACCAAACCACCUGCUCUUACCAACGGCCUUCCAAUCAGAUUGAAAACGUCACCUGCUCAAGACCCACUGACAAAGUUGCUGAAAGCUGUAAUGGAAGAAACAGCUGCACUGUCAACGUGCUCAACUCAGUAUUUGGCGACCCCUGCCGCGGCACUUACAAGUACCUGGAAGCAGCUUACAUAUGCGAGUAUCCCGUAGAUAAUACAAGCCAGACUCCAGUGCAUGAAUCUACUGAAAUUUGAGUCAUAUCCCAAUACACAUACUUUGAAUGAAAUGCAUUUUGUUCGUUGGCUUAAGAAAUAAAAUAAAAACUACCAGAA